UCGGCCUGUUGCUGUGGAAACGGCUCGGCCAGCGCCCCCCGGAAUCCCUGCACGCCGAGGUGGGAGCCGGUGGACCGUGCCCCCUGCCGGCCCCACCUCCGCUUCCCGGUGUUUGAGGGUUCGGGUCUCCGGCCGGGGAGUUCACCCCUCGGGCUCGUCAGUAGGGCUGUGGCUGUGGCCUCUUCCUGCAGCGCCAGGCUCCGCCCGGCCUCAAAGUCGGCUUAGGUGCUUUCCGUGCGCUGCGGUUGGGUGGAAAAACCCACUCCUGGGUGUUUAGACCUUGGCCUGCAGAAGAUGUCAUUUCUGUAUUUCUCUAAGGCAGGAAGUCAUUAUGCAACUUACACAUUUUCAUCAGAUUUCCUCUGACUUACCCUGACAUGUACGUGGGAAUGAUGUGCACUGCCAAGAAAUGUGGGAUUAGGUUUCAGCCUCCAGCUAUUGUCUUAAUCUAUGAGAGUGAAAUCAAGGGGAAAAUUCGCCAGCGCAUUAUGCCAGUUCGAAACUUUUCAAAGUUUUCAGAUUGCACCAGAGCUGCUGAACAAUUAAAGAAUAAUCCUCGACACAAGAGUUACCUAGAACAAGUAUCCCUGAGGCAGCUAGAGAAGCUAUUCAGUUUUUUACGAGGUUACUUGUCAGGGCAGAGUUUGGCAGAAACAAUGGAACAAAUUAGAAGGGAAACAACCAUUGAUCCUGAGGAAGACCUGAACAAACUAGAUGACAAGGAGCUUGCCAAAAGGAAGAGCAUCAUGGAUGAACUUUUUGAGAAAAAUCAGAAGAAGAAGGAUGAUCCAAAUUUUGUUUAUGACAUUGAGGUUGAAUUCCCACAGGACGAUCAACAGCAGUCCUGUGGCUGGGACACAGAGUCAGCCGAUGAGUUCUGACACCAACCACUCAAAACAUGCAUCGGGCCAGCAGAACAUCC